AUGAAAGUUCUGAGCAUAAAUUUCCUGACCUGCGCGGUCAAGGCGUGCAAGACGACGUCAAGCUCGUUUCCUCUGCACCCCAAGGAUGCCGAGCUUGUGCACGACGACAUCGAGAUCAACCCGCAACUCAUCAUCAAUGUGCUGCCCCGCAUAGACUGGGCUGCCCUACAGACCACAUCAACUGAGUUGGGAUUUCCGGCAUUGCCAGCCCAGCCGCCAACGGCGGAGGAACUUGAGAGCAAUGAGGCCAUGCUGAAAGAGCUGCACACAUUGCUCCUUGAGACUCAGAUAAUGGAGGGAAAGCUUGUGUGUGGUAACUGUGGUCACGAGUACAACAUUCGGGAAGGCAUCGCAAACUUCUUAUUACCUAGUCAUUUGGUAUAA